CAGACACUUUGCACAUGUGCAAGUCUUUUGUGUGUGUGUGUGUGUGUGUGUGAGAAUGUGAGGGUGCGUCAGAGGAAAAAGGAAGUUGCGGGAUGAAGUUAAAAGCUUUAACACAGUGCAGCUCUGCAGAACACCCACUACGGAAGAAAGGCAGAGCAAGAGCGCCUAAGUCUGAAAAUGCAAUAAUGAAACUAAUGCAGGGAGCUGAAUAUCUAAGAAGAAACAGAACUACCAGGAGAAGUUUGUAAAGCCAUUAAAUUAACAGAGAUGGAGCUGUGGAGACAGUGUGCGAUGUGGUUGAUUGAAUGUCGAGUUCUUCCUGAGAACCACAGAGUCACAUGGCAGAGUGCCCAGGUGUGUGACCUGGCUCAGGCUCUGAGAGAUGGCGUGCUGCUCUGCCAGUUGCUCAACAACCUGCUGCCUCAGGCUCUCAACCUAAAGGAGAUCAACCUGCGGCCACAGAUGUCCCAGUUCCUGUGCCUGAAGAAUAUCCGGACAUUUCUGGGAGUUUGUCAAGAACGGUUUUAUCUCAAAAAGAACGACCUGUUUGAAGCCUUCGAACUGUUUGAUGUGCGGGAUUUUGGAAAGGUCAUAAACACUCUGUCCAUCCUGUCUCAUUCAUCCAUCGCUGUACAAAGAGGAUUUCAGCCGUUUCCUUUAGAAGGGUGUGUUCCUGAUGAUGAGAUCUACAGCGGCUUGUCUGACCAAAUAGAUGACACAGUGGAUGAAGAUGAUGACUUGUAUGAUUUUGUGGAGGAUGAAGAAAAUGAAGGGGAUGAUAUCUAUGAAGACUUGAUGAAGAUAGAAGAACCUCCUGAAAAUCAGAAAACUGGUGUUGACAAGCGGGAGUGCUGCCUGCAGGAAAUCCGGCAGACAGAAGAGAAAUACAGCGGUACCCUGGAAUCUAUCCUACAGCAUUUUAUGAAGCCUCUGGAAAAGUUUCUUCCUCCUCAAGACAUUGAAAGUAUCUUCAUCAACACAAAGGAGUUGGCUACCACCCAUCGCUGUUUCCUAGAAGAAGUUCGGAGCUCCAUCUUGAACAACGGAGCCAAGAAUCUCCACCAAGUGUUUGUGAAUUACAAGGAGAGGCUGCUACUGUACGGUCAUUACUGUAGUCAGGUGGAAGCUGCAACAAAACACCUUGACAAGCUGUCAAAUACAAAGGAGGAUAUCAGGAUGAAACUGGAGGAGUGUUCAAAGAGAGCAAACAGUGGCCGUUUUUCUCUCAGAGAUUUACUUAUGGUCCCAAUGCAGAGAGUCCUCAAAUAUCACCUGCUGUUACAGGAGCUGGUGAAACACACCACUGACCAAACAGAAAAGGACAAUCUCCGAAAAGCUCUUGAUGCCAUGAGAGACCUGGCACAGUGUGUGAAUGAAGUGAAACGAGACAACGAGAUCAUUAAACAAAUCACCACCUUUCAGAUGUCCAUAGAAAACUUGUCUCAGUCUCUGGCUCUCUUUGGUCGCCCCAAAAUUGACGGAGAACUCAAGAUUUGCAGCUCAGAAAAAAAGUCUAAACAGGACAGGUAUGCUUUCCUUUUUGAUAAAGCUGUGAUUAUUUGUAAGAAGAAGAGUGGAGAGACUUUUGAGUUGAAGGAAAUCAUUGAACUAAAUAACUACCAGAUACGAGACGAAGCCACCGGGGAGAAGGACAACAAGAAGUGGUCCUAUUUAUUCCUCUUGCUGGAAUGCUCCGGGAGAGGUGGCUAUGACUUCUUCUUCAAAACCAGAGAACUGAAGAAGAAAUGGCUGGAGCAAUUUGAGAUGUCUUUGUCAAACAUGUGCCCUGAAAACUCCACUGCAAAUAACCAUGACUUCCAGAUGCACUGCUUUGAGGAAACUACCUCCUGCAAGGCCUGCUCAAUGUUGUUAAGAGGGACUUUUUUCCAAGGCUAUCGAUGCAGUCGCUGUAAAAUGGCAGCACAUAAGGAGUGUUUAGGCAGAGUUCCAGUUUGCGGACGCAACUCGGAACAUUCUUUCGCUGUGAAGAAGGUUAAUAAACCACACCGGUCCUCUGGACAGUCUGGUGUUGGAUUUCCCAAGAUGGAGGUGUGUCAGGAGUAUUAUGGCCUACCACCACCCCCUGUGGGCUUUGGACAGCCUCUUCAGCUGUCCAAAGGAGACAUCAUCGAGCUGACCCGGGCCGAGCUUGAUCUGGCCUGGUGGGAGGGAAGAAAUCUGACUGAUGGUCAAAUGGGAUGGUUCCCCUGCCAAAAAGUUAAGCCCUACAUCUCUAGGCCAACCCCAGACCUGUCUGACUUUAACUGGUUUGCAGGGAACAUGGACCGCACCGCUGCCAAAAACCUGCUCAUGUCUCGGUCUGAUGGAACCUUCCUGGUGCGGCAGAAAGAUGGAGGAGAGUUUGCGAUCAGCAUCAAAUUCAACAUGGACAUUAGACACAUUAAGAUCACCUCCUGUGAAGGUCUUUACCGCAUCAAUGAGAAGAAAGCAUUCAAGGGAUUAGUUGAAAUGAUUCAGUAUUACCAGCAGAACUCUCUAAAAGAGUACUUUAAGGAUGUGGACACCACGCUGUCUACACCUUACAAACAACCAGAGCAGAGCAACUCAUCUAAUAACACACCAAAUACAACACCAGGGGGAAGCAUGAAGAGCUUCGGCGUUGCUAGGGCCAGAUAUGAUUUCUCAGCCAGGGACCGCUCUGAGCUGUCGCUGCGGGAGGGGGACACCAUUAAGAUCCUUUCCAAGAAAGGCCACAAUGGCUGGUGGAGGGGAGAAGUUUACGGCCGGGUGGGGUUGUUUCCAUCUAACUAUGUUGAGGAGGAUUACUCUGAUUACUGCUGACAAGCCCCUACAGGAGAUGUGACGAUCCAGUCCAGAUUGUAUGUGAAGGGGUCUAUGUGAGCGACUGCAUUAACACAUAUGCAUGAGUGCGAUGGGGUGUGUGUGUGUGUGUGUGCGUGUGAAAGGGAAGAUGGUAUUUCUGAGUGUCCAAUGAUGUGAAUAAAACUUUUCUUCAACUGA